AUGGAUCCAGAAACCCUCUCCGCCACUUUGUUCAAAUGGGAGCCUCGAGAAAUGGUGGGAGGCGGCAGCGGCGCACCCCUCCCAGCACCACUGCCCCCCUACUCGCUGCGGCCGAGGGAGUUGGGAUUGGGAGGCCUGGAGGAUUUGUUUCAGGCUUACGGAAUCAGGUACUACACUGCCGCUAAAAUUGCAGAACUCGGAUUCACCGUCAGCACCCUCGUGGACAUGAAAGACGAAGAGUUGGAGGACAUGAUGAACAGCCUCUCUCACAUUUUCCGCUGGGACCUUCUAGUGGGUGAAAGGUACGGAAUUAAGGCUGCUGUACGAGCCGAACGCAGACGUCUAGAUGACGAGAUUGAAUCCUCCAGACGCCGUCACCUCUUGUCCAACGAUACCACUACUAACGUCGUUCUCGAUGCCCUCUCUCAGGAAGGGCUAUCGGAAGAGCCGGUGCAGCAGGAGAAAGAGGCGGUGGGGAGCGGGGGAGGAGGAGGAGCGUGGGAGGCAGUUGUAGCCGCUGAGAUGAGGAAGAAGCAGCGUAGGAGAAAUGGAUCAAAAAAGAAGCAGGUGAUAGCGAUGGAGGAGGAUAACGAUGAAAAUGAGGGAGCUGGGGACGAGGAGGAGAAUAUGGAAGUCAGCGAGAGACAGCGGGAGCAUCCAUUCAUCGUAACCGAGCCAGGGGAGGUUGCACGAGGAAAGAAAAACGGCCUCGACUAUCUUUUUCACCUCUAUGAACAGUGUCGUGAAUUUUUGAUCCAAGUCCAGAACAUUGCCAAGGAAAGAGGAGAAAAAUGCCCCACUAAGGUGACGAACCAGGUGUUUAGAUAUGCAAAGAAGGCGGGUGCAAGUUACAUAAAUAAGCCGAAAAUGAGACACUACGUGCAUUGCUAUGCACUGCAUUGUCUGGACGAGGAGGCGUCGAACGCAUUGAGGAGCGUUUUCAAAGAGAGAGGCGAAAAUGUGGGAGCUUGGCGACAGGCAUGCUAUAAGCCUCUGGUGACCAUAGCAGGUACCCAAGGUUGGGACAUCGAUGCCAUUUUCAAUGCACAUCCACGCCUUGCCAUCUGGUAUGUGCCUACCAAACUCCGCCAACUCUGCCACGCAGAGCGCAAUGGUUCGACGGCCUCCACCUCCACUGCCUCCGCUCACUUGCCUUUUUAAUUUCAGUCUCUCUUGUCAAGAAUCGAGAGAUGAUAGCUUGCGCACUGUGAGGAAACUAGGUCCUUAUUCGAAUAUGGAAUGCAAUGCCACCUUCUCUUUUGAGAUCAUAUAUUCAUAUAUAAUUUAAUA